AUGGGCAAUUUAUUAGCCGUCAUGGCACAUUGCCAACGUGGUGACGAGAUCAUCGUUGGCAGACACAACCAUAUCCAUCGCUGGGAACAGGGCAACUAUGCACAGCUUGCUGGUGUGAGCGCCACAACAAUUGACGUCAACCCCGACGGCACGAUGAAUAUUGAAGACAUCGAAGAGGCAAUUCGUGUUCAAGAUAACCACAUGCCAAACACACGUCUGAUUUGCCUUGAAACCACCCACAACUAUUCAGGAGGACGAGCGUUACCUUUAGAAUAUAUCAAAUCGGUACGAGAGUUGGCUUCUAAACAUGGCAUCAAU